AUGCCACACCAGGGCUUGAGAUGGGAGGGAUUUAACACAGAAAUCAAUACGACUGAAGACAAGAGCUCCUGGACUGUGGAGGAAAUGACAGACUGGGAGAUACAGCCAUCCUGUGUGGUCAUCUCCAAUGAAACACAGUGUUCGCAGGAUCUCACAAUUACUAUUUACAAGACUCCAGACAGGGUGUCUAUGAGCACAGGGGAUGACAUAAUGACUGAAGGCUCCACAUAUGAACUCCAUUGUGAUGUUGUGAAUGUGGCUCCUGUUCAGAAUCUCAUUGUGAAAUGGUAUAAAGGAGAAACUCUGAUGCAUAAUGAGACCUUCACAGACCCCAUCAAGACACCAGUGAAUAAAACAUCUAUACUUCAGAUCACUCCAGACAGAAGUGAUGAUGGAGUUCAGUACAGAUGUGAAGCAGAGCUGGAACUGGGAGCAGCAGGACAUCAACCUCCUCCAACAGUGACAUCAGAACCUAUUCAACAUCACUGUAUAGAUGAAUGCACUUUACUUCAGUUCAACCCACAGCAAGUUAUUGUGAAGUACGGCAGCUCAGUUUCAGUGGAUUGCAGCACGAAUAUCACACAUAAUGGGAUGGGAUGGGAAGCCAGUGAGGGAUCAGUGUCCAUGACCAAAACCCAGAAUCUGAUCACCUGGAGAGUGCCGAGCCUGACACGAUGGGACAUACUGCCACAAUGCUACAUAAGCACUAAUAUGACAAAUUGUGUAUCACUUCUCCCAGUCCUCAUUUAUAAGACUCCAGACACGGUGUCUAUGAGCACAGGGGAUAACAUAAUGACUGAAGGCUCCACAUAUGAACUCCAUUGUGAUGUUGUGAAUGUGGCUCCAGUUCAGAAUCUCAUUGUGAAAUGGUAUAAGGGAGAAACUCUGAUGCAUAAUGAGACCUUCACAGACCCCAUCAAGACACCAGUGAAUAAAACAUCUAUACUUCAGAUCACUCCAGACAGAAGUGAUGAUGGAGUUCAGUACAGAUGUGAAGCAGAGCUGGAACUGGGAGCAGAAGGACCUCAACCUCCUCCAACAGUGACAUCAGAACCUCUCAACAUCACUGUAUACAGUAUAGAUGAAUGCACUUUACUUCAGUUCAACCCACAGCAAGUUGUUGUGAAGUACGGCAGCUCAGUUUCAGUGGAUUGUAGCACGAAUAUCACACAUAAUGGGAUCGGGUGGGAAGCCAGUGAGGGAUCAGUGUCCAUGACCAAAACCCAGAAUCUGAUCACCUGGAGAGUGCCGAGCCUGACACGAUGGGACAUACUGCCACAAUGCUACAUAAGCACUAAUAUGACAAAUUGUGUAUCACUUCUCCCAGUCCUCAUUUAUAAGACUCCAGACACGGUGUCUAUAAGAAAAGAGGUUGACAAAAUGACUGAGAGAUACACAUAUAAUCUUCAGUGUGAUGUUGUGAAUGUGGCUCCUGUUCAGUAUCUCAUUGUGAAAUGGUAUAAAGGAGAAACUCUGAUGCAUAAUGAGACCUUCACAGACCCCAUCAAGACACCAGUGAAUAAAACAUCUAUACUUCAGAUCACUCCAGACAGAAGUGAUGAUGGAGUUCAGUACAGAUGUGAAGCAGAGCUGGAACUGGGAGCAGAAGGACCUCAACCUCCUCCAACAGUGACAUCAGAACGUCUCAAUAUCACUGUACAAAGUUUACUUCAUUUCAACCCACAGCGAGUUGUUGUGAAGUACGGCAGCUCUGUUUCAGUGGACUGUAGCACUCAUGUCGCACAUAGUGGGAUCGGAUGGGAAGCCAGUGUUGGAUCAGUGCCCAUGAAGAGAAACCAGAAUCUGAUCACCUGGAGAGUGGCGAACCUGACACGAUGGGACAUAACAGCAAUGUGCUAUAUGAACUAUGACAGGAAACAAUUAGAAAAUCCACUCCCAGUUACUGUUUACAAGACUCCAGAUAGGGUAUCCAUCAACACAGCUGAUCACACAGGACCGAUGACUGAAGGCUUCACAUAUAAUCUUCAGUGUGAUGUUGUGAAUGUGGCUCCAGUUCAGAAUCUCACUGUGAAAUGGUAUAAAGGAGAAACUCUGAUGCAUAAUGAGACCUUCACAGACCCCAUCAAGACACCAGUGAAUAAAACAUCUAUACUUCAGAUCACUCCAGACAGAAGUGAUGAUGGAGUUCAGUACAGAUGUGAAGCAGAGCUGGAACUGGGAGCAGAAGGACCUCAACCUCCUCCAGCAGUGACAUCAGAACAUAUUAACAUCACUGUAUACUAUAAACCACAUAUAGUUUUUUGUUAUGACUGGGCACCAAAGAUCCACAGCACACUGAGUUCAUAUCCCACAAGUUAUUUUUUGAUUUCGGCUAACCCUUUACCAAGCAUCUCAUGGAGCCGUGGAUCAUCAUCUCUAAACGCUUCUACAUUUCUUGACAAAUACGACUCCGGCGAGUAUAAAAUCACUGCCAGCAAUAAACAGGGUGAAUCCAGCUGUAUCAUAAACAUCACAGUAGAGUAUCCCCCCGGAUUAAACUGCACUGAAAGCUUCCAGAUAAAAGAGAAAACGCUCUUUAAACCUCCUUGUUCAGUUGAUGGCGCUCCAAAGCCUGAUAUCUCCCUCUACAAAAAUGGAAAACAGAUCCCGUUUCCAUAUUAUCCCAGCAGGAAUGAAAGUGCAUUGUAUAAUUUAAAUGCAAGUAACACAUAUGGAUCAGUACAUCAUCCAUUACAAAUCGACAUUCUGUAUGCUCCAGUAUUUGACCCCAUGAACGAAAAAAUUGAGGUGGAAGCAGACCGCAAUAUAACCCUGAAUUGCAGCUCCUCUGGUAACCCUGAACCUCAAGUGUGGUGGAGCUUUAAAAACAAGAACAUCUCCACUGGGGGGCGCUACGUCAGCAUAAAUAUCCAGAAAGCCACGUCUUCCAAUUCUGGAGAGUACAUAUGCAGUGCCACGAAUAGAGUUGGACACAGCCGUAAGAUCGUCUCUGUGGAGAUUAAAGAAAACAUAUCUUCCAGCCCGUCUUUUAAACUCUACAUUUAUAUUUUCCUUUUUGUGCUGAUAAUGAUCAUUAUACUCUGUCUGUACAUGUUGAGAAAGAGAAAAUCAACUGGAGAGUAUCAAAUACAGACCGACCAUGAACUGAAGCCGUUAAGCAAGGGGGGACUCGAAUGAUGAAGUGUUAUCCUUACAGCAUCACUAUCUUGAGUAAAGUGAAACAAAGGAACAAACGCUGUGGAUUGUAUAAUGUAUAUAUGGUAGUCAAUAUGCUAGGAAACAUGGUUUGCCUACCUCUACACUUUUAUCAAUACUUUUAUAAACAAAACCAUGUUUAACUUUCUUAAACAUAAAGAUAAUAAAGAUAUCUUAUUAUCUUAAAGAUAAUUUGGAUGGUCUCCUUGGUAAAUUAGUAGCCAGCUGUUUGGAAGAAUAAAACACAGGCCUUCAAUGGUGCAAAUAGUCAACCAGUAAGUCUAUUACCAGUUCUGAGCAAAAUACUGGAAACGAUACUAAGUGAGCAAAUUCGAUCCUCUUUUAAUGAGAAUAGUUUACUCUCUGAUUUGCAGCAUGUAUAUCAAAAGGGACAUUCAACAGGAACAGGAUUAACACAGAUGACAAACGAUUAUUUUGCACAGAUAGAUGAUAAUAAUCUAGUAGGAGCAGUAUUGUUAGAUUUUAUCUCAGCAUCUGAUGUACUGGAUCAUAAUUAUUGCUGGACAAACUGAAAUGUUAUAAAUGUACUUCUCAUACUGUACUGUAUAGUGGUUUAAAAGUUACCUGUCUAGAGAACAAUGGGCAAGGAAGUUAUUUAGGACCAUUAUUAUUUUCUAUAUUUACAUAUGAUCUUUCUUUUGUUUAAAGUGUGCAAAGAUAUAGUUAUGUGUGCCGAUGAUUAAACAUUAUAUUUAUCAGAAACA